CGGGCUCGCCGCGGAGGUCCGCUCGCGGCUGCGGCCAGCCCUCGGGGCGCCCCGGCUCCCCGCCGCCAGGAAGCCCCCGCCUCCCCGGAAUCCCACCCCUCCAGCCCAGGCCACCCCCCCCGCCCGCGGCUCCUGGAAGAUGCCCCAGCGGGCACGCACUCCAACAGGAGGGAGCAGCGGCGGACGAGCCAAAAAGCAACAGAGCGGCUGGUCCUCGGCAGGCCUCGGCCCAACGCAGUGAUGACCGGGAAGCGGCCGCCCGGGCCCUUGGACCCCAUGAUCUACAAUAAGUUGGCCCUCCUCGAGGCGGACGCCGGGCACAGGCCGCCCGCCGGGAUCUGCAAGUCGGGAUCCCUGCCCGGGCCGGGCAGCGAGGGCCACCUGCGUUACAAGGGGACCUACUUCACCUACCCCGUGGGGAGCCCCGAAGUGGGCCACGACAACUUGGCUGGAUGGAACCCGCACGUGUCCUACGGGGGCGUGGUGGCGGGGCAGUCCCUGCGGGCGGACAGCAUGCUCAUGAACUGUCUGUUGUAUCAGCGGGAAGCGGAGGGCGUUCAGCCCGUGGAGAAGGGCCGGGACCACGCCAUGCGGAACCUGCUCCUGGCCCAAGAAAAGUGGACAGGGCAUCUGGACCACCGCGACCCCCUGCUGCAGGCCGCCCGGGGCUCUCCCUACCUGGGCAUGAAGGGGCCGGGACCCCCGGCCUGCGCCCCCCUGGCGGCCCCCAAACCCAUAUACCGGAACCCCAUGUGUUACGUGGAUCCGGGCUACGGGCCGCCGUCGUGUUUGGCCCUGGGGGCCCCGCCAGCUGAGAGUGGGGCCAAGCGGCCCCUGGACAUGGACUGGACAGUUGCUGCCCCCUUAUUGCCUCAGGGCAACUCCCACUGCUCACUGGCCACUCCGCCCAGCAAGAGUCAGCACCUGGACACUAGCUUUCUCCCUCUGCCACAGUCUGGGGCGCCGGGCAAGGAGGCCGUGGCCAACCUCUCUUCCUACCAGGUGGCCUUGGACAAGUACUGUGCCAUCCGGAGCGCCCUCUUCCUGGACUCCAAAUACCCCCCACCAUACAGAGGGCACAAGAAGGCGGCCGAGGGGCUCCCGGGCUCCUGGACAAAACUUCCGCAGCCCCCAGUGCCCCCCUACCAGGAGCGGGCCCCCUCCCACUACCCACUAGCGAUGCACGAGCAGCCUCUGCUGUACCCCCCCGGCUACCCGCCCCCAGAGAAGCCUAACAGCUCGGUGCUUUCUCUGCAGUCCCCCAGCCCCUACAAGGGUUACAGCUACAGGGGAAACGGGCUCCCGGGGUCCUACCCGCAGCAGCAGGCGGCCCGGGGGCCCUGCGUGCCCUCCUCCAAGCUGGAGAGCUGUGCCUACCCCGCGGGCCCCAUCCCGGGCAGCUCCCCCAGCCUGAAGGCCGCGACAGCCGCCUCCCACGAGCCUGAGCCGCCGCCCCCCAAGUGCCAGCUGGACUUCAUGCCUCAGACGCCCGGUUUUGCCUUUGCUCCUCGGGACGGCCUGUCCCUGUACGGCCCGGCCCUGGGAGCCGGAGGGAUGUCGCCCGCCCAGGAGGCCCCCCGGGGCAAGCUGGGAGCCAAUCAGCACAGCGCCUUCCAGCUCGUGUGUCAGCACCUGGGAAGCGGGGGCCCGGCCCUGAAUGCCGCCCCCCAGAAGGAGGCCGCCUGCCCCGUCUCCCGCCCUGGCAAGGCGGAGAAGCCCCGGCCGGAGCCCGAAGGCAAGAAGUGGCCGUACAGCUUUGCCAAGGAAGAGGCCAGACCCCGGCCCGGUCUGGAGGAGCAUCCCACCACGCCCAUCGUCAUCGCGGACAGCCCCGCGCCGAGGAGCCCGCCGGGCCCCGCGCCCCAGAAUGCGCUCCCCUCGCCCAGGGAGCCCCCGCAGGCCCUCCGGCAGGCUGAGAGCGCCGAGGGCGCCAUCGCGCCCCCCUGCUCGCCGCCCAUGCCCAUCAUCAACAACGUCUUCAGCUUGGCGCCCUACCGGGACUACCUGGACAAUCGGUGUGAGAAGAUGCCCGAGCUGCCCCUGCCCAAGGCCCAGCCCCCGGGCGCCACCUGCCCCCUGGUGCCCUGCGCCGCCGCGGACCCCGCCUACGGCGAGGGACCCAAGGAUGCCGAGGGGAAAGACGGGCAUGACCAGGAGUGCGACGUGCUGCUGCUGACUCCCUGCAGGGAGCCCCAGGGGCAGCCGGGCCCCCCCCCGGGCAGCCAGUGCCCGCCCAGGGAGGAGGUGGCGCUGGACUUGAGCCUCAAGAAGCAACUGGCCGAGCUCUCCCAGGGGUCCCUGAGCCAGGGCCUGCCCGCCGAGCCCGCAGCACCCCCGGACGGGGCAGAAACGAACCAGGCUGGCCAGGAAGAGCAGCCCAGGCUGCCCGCCCCCCCGCCCCUGGUACCCACCAUGAUCGAGACCAUUCCAAAGACUAGCUUCCACAGCUCCGUGGCCUUCAUGUUCCGCAAGUUUAAGAUCCUCCGGCCGGCGCCCACGCCUACCAUGGCCCCCGCCUCCUCCCCCGCCCCCGCCCCUGCCCUCACCCCCACCCCCACCCCCACCCAGUCUGCCAACCUCCAGCUGCUCAGCCAGCCCCUGCAGGUGACCUGCAUCAACGUGGCUCUGCCCGAGCCGACGCCGCCCGCGCCUCCCGCGGCGUCCGAGCCGGCUUCGGCCGCCGGCAAGGCCAGCAGGGGCCCGGAGGCCGCCUCCGUGUCGGCGGGCAGCCCCGAGCAGCACUUCACGGGCCUCCAUCUGUCCCUGUGCGACGCCAUCUCUGACUUUGUGGCCCACUCGUCGCCAGAGAGGCUGCGAGAGUGGCUGGAGGAGGCCGACGAGAGCCCGUCUCUACCUCUGCUGCCGGCCUCCUCCCCCGCCAAGGGCCCGAGCAGGCCCCGAGCGGCCGAGGGCCGGGCCCGCGACACGUGGCUGAGCUGCGUCGGGGUGAAGGGGCUCUUGGCGGAGCUGCUGGCCCAGCUGGAGACCUUCCUCUUCACGCACAAGUGCCCCUUCCCCCACGUGGUGCGCGCGGGAGCCAUCUUUGUCCCCAUCUAUCUGGUGAAGGAGAAGCUGUUCCCCCGGCUGCCCGGGGCCUCGGUGGACCACGUGCUCCAGGAGCACCGAGUCGAGCUGCGCCCCACCACGCUGUCGGAGGAGCGGGCGCUCCGGGACUGUGCCCUCGACGGCUGCACCUCCCGCAUGCUGAAGCUCCUGGCGCUGCGCCAGCUCCCGGACAUCUACCCGGACCUGCUGGGCCUGCAGUGGCGGGACUGUAUCCGCAGACAGCUGGGAGAACAUAACAGGCAGAGCCCCCAAGCUAAGGCAGAAGCUGCUUCCUCAGAAGUUUCCAAGCUCCGAGAAGAAGUCAGCUCAGUCUCAGCCACCUUGGAGCCCCGGGGCUCCAAGACCAAAAAGAAGAAGAGGGGGACCCCUGGCCCAAGCUCCGAGGAGCCUGGACAGCCAGGGGCAACCUCUGAGAAGGAGUCUGCCCCAGAGAGAGCCUCAGCCGCCAAACCUAGAGAAGAGACCCAAGGCCAGGCCCCGCUUGGGCUCCCCGGCUCCCUGUUCCGUGCCCGCUUCCAUCGCCUGCUCCAGGCGGCCUGGCAGGACGGCCUGCCACUGCCCACGGGCAGACGAAGAGGCCUGGCACAGGCCCAGCCUCCCCCCUACCCAGAGCUGGUAGGGUAGGGAGCCUCACCAAGUGAGCUGCUGGGCCCGGGAGGUCCGUCCAAGGCCGAGAGUCCGAGCUUUCAUGUCCCGAGACUGUGCCCGCUGUUGCUCAGCUAAGACGUGAGCCUUCGGGCCGGCGCUCCCUGGCUAUCCGGGAGGACGACCCAGCAGGUCAGCUCUAGCUCCAGGGGUGGCCUGGGCCUGGCGAUAUGCCCCGCCGGCCUCCCCAGGCUGAGCACCAGAGUGCCCGGGAUUCUCGGCUUUCUCCCCUCCCCACCUUCCACCUUCUCUCCAGAGCAAGGACUUGGCUGAGAACUGGAGACUUUCUCCUUGCUUUCUGUCCCUCAGGACUUGAACCUUAGGCUGGUCCUCUGUUCUCUUCCCCCUUUCUUCUGCCCCCUUCUCUUUGGCUUGCUACCUCCGCUCACUAGCCCCAGGCCAAAUCUUUCCUCCAGGUAUCCCCGUUCUUGCUCCUCCUCGGCCCUGGGAUGGAGUCAAGAGACCCAGGUACAAACGCCUCUGCUGCUUCUGCCCCAGCUUGCCCUGACUUCAGGUAGCACGUGGCGAGGGGGGAGCUGCCAGGGGCCCUCCGAAAGCACAAAAUUCCCCAGGGAAGUCAGGACCCCUUUCCCUCUUUACGCUCCCUCCCCCCGCCCCCUUACUUCUACAGAUCCCACCCUGGAAUAUCUGGUUGAGCUGAAGAAAAACAUUGCCAGAUACUUGGGCGUGAGAGUUUGCCAUGGUGACCCAUGUGAUCAGAUACUGAUUCUGGCCAUGAAGUCGUGGGUCUGGGUAGGAGUCUGCUUAGGGACCUUUGAAAGGAAGGGACGCACCAGAAACCGAGGUGCCCCGUACCCCAACACUAAGGAGAGCUAACUCUCACAGGCUGACAUCUUGGCCCUUCACCAGGCCCUGGACAAAAAUUGAGGUCCCCCAGGAAGGCCAACCAGCUUCCCCAGGCCCGCUCUCAGUUCAGUUGCAUUUCCGAAGCCCUGGGGAGUACCAAGGCAACUCUAACCUGCACUUAAAAAGCUCUGGGCCCUUCCUGGCCAGGGGCCACACCCAUCAGGGUAUCCUGCCUGGCCCCAGUCUGCCCGGAGAGCCUGACACAUUUCUAACGCUGUGGCCGCUAAAAGCUCCUGAGAAAUGCCAUCUCUGCGGCCCAGGAGGGAGGAGUCGGCCCCACACUCCCCUCAGCUUUGUCCAAGACACAUGGCUGCCUCCUCCAGGGAGGGCCUGAGUCCUCCCCGCCCCUUCUCUGUGGAAGCUGGCCCUUGGGAAUCAGCACACGUCCAAGGAGACAGAGCCCCUCUACCCACUCCUCAGCCUGGCUCUCCCCCUCCCUGCAGCCCAGGACCGCAGACGGGCCUCUUGUGUGUGUACAGUUUGUACAGUUCUCGGCUCAAGUCAGUCCCUUCACUAUUUAAUGUUUUGUAAGGAGGCGGCCAGCCCCGGUGGCACACGCCAAUAAAAGUUAUUGGGUUGUUUUGGAA